GUUUUUAGUUUGUCACCUAUCUGGAAAACAAUUGGUAUACCAAACAAUUUUCCAGUGUGUCGAACAAAAAUCGGCACCUGAAAAAAAUGCAUAGCCAAGCACUUGGGGGAAAAAACAAAGCAUGUUAAAUGCCCACUUUGCUCUGAUGAGGAUAAAAUAUCAUUUGGAUCCCACGAAAAUUUGAUAGAUCAUUUGGAGCAGAUGCAUUCUUUGGUAAUCCAACAGGCUAGCCAUCAUUUUGCAAACAAGGAAGAUUUUGUGGCUUGGAGAUAUCUUUCCAACAGGAAUGUAGAUUACAUUUUAGAACGAGCAGUUAAAACUGAUUCUGCUGAAGAAUAUAUUUAUUGUAACUGCAAUCGUAGUAAUACUAUAGGAUAUUUGAGUCCGUGUAGCCAACGAAAUAUGAAGAAGGGAGGCAGCAUUAAGAUAUCUGGAUUAUGUCCAUCAAGAAUUUCUGUUGGAAUUAACAGUUCUGGUAACAUUUUUAUAGCAUCACAUUACAUUCGUUCAUUCAUUUUAUUUCAGGAGUGGCGGUCAAAUAUAUCGAGACACAUGUUGGUCAUAAUGAUGAACUUCGAUCUAAACGUCUCUCCAAUACUCAGCAGGAACUGCUUGCAAACAAACUUGUUGUCGGAGGAAUGAGUUCUUGAAGAUGCAAGUUUCAUGAAUGAAGGAAAAUUAGAGAGAAUGAAUAUUUUAACAAAAGGAGAUCUCUCAUAUACCAUUCGAAAAUUUAACAUAAACAAACAGCGAAAUGCAGAUGAUAUGACAGCAACAGCCUUAAAAGUGGAAGAAUUGAACAGUCAAGAUGAAAACACUGUUUUCUUAUUGAAG